CUCACCUGGACGCAGACCUUAGCCUUUUUCCUCUGCCAGCUGUUAAAGGAAGGAAAUAGCGAGAGGCUCUGAGAAGCUGUGGCUCUUGCUCCUUAAACCACGAAGGGGUCAUGGUCGAGCUACUGUCGAAGGUGCACCUCACUUCACACCCCAUCUGCCUGAGGAUCCGUGGGCACUCGGUGUAUGAGGACGAGAACCAGCGCACGUGGCUGCAUCUCGUCUUGGACACAGAAGGUGACCUGCAGGUACGGUUGUGGCAGGACGACAUCCCCAGUGGGUAUAUCGCACUCUCCACCAACCCGCUGAUCUCGAGCACCAUGCCUUCGAUGUGGACACUACACCAGGGCAGCCAGUACCUGGACUCCAUGGGCCGGUUCUGGCGCAUCGUGCACCAUGUCAAGGUGGAUGACCUGGAGGAAAUGAUCCUUGAGCUGAUGGCCGACUCGUAGGACAUCUGAUGGGGUCCCUGGCUCUUGGCAACCUGAGCCCCAGUCCUGCUGGCCUGCUGGUGGGAUGUGGAUA